AUGCCAAGAGCUGAAUCCACCUCAAUGGACAACUCGUGUCAGGCCCUGUGCCGCACCUUAGUCACUCAAAAUGGCCUUCAGCCAGAAAACGUGGACAUUUCCCAAUCUGUACUGUACACGUCCAUCAUGGGACUGCUGCUGGUGACGGAUAAAGAGAGAGAGCUGCAGCUGGGGAACGGACAAGUUGGAUUGAGGAAUGUGGGAAAUACUUGUUUCCUCAAUGCCAUUGUGCAGUGUCUGUCUCACACUCGUAAUCUUCGAGAUUAUUGUCUGAUGAGAGCCUACAUUCAAGACAAACACUCCAACCAGGAGCCUGUGCUUAUGGAUGAAUUCUCUAAAGUUUUGGCUGGCCUAUGGGAAUGUGAUGCUGGAGAAACCACAGUGAAUCCUGGGAAAUUUUAUCGUGUCUUUAAAGAGUCCGUGCCUUACUUCAGUGGCUAUAGUCAGCAAGAUGCUCAGGAGUUCUUGCGGUUUCUCCUGGACAGGCUGCAUACAGAAAUUAACCGUCGUCCCUCCAAACGUCCUGCAGUCAUCGAAAGGAAGGAACCGGCAUACACACGAUUCAGGAUUUCAGAAGAAGCCUUUGCAGUGUGGCAGAGGCAUCUGGACAGGGAUGACAGUAAAAUUGUUGAUUUGUUCUCUGGUCAGCUGCGAAGUUCCCUGCACUGUUCAGUCUGUUCCCAUUACUCCAACACAUUUGAUGUGUUUUGUGACCUGUCACUCCCCAUCCCAAAGAAAAGUGAUUACGGGCGAACUGUCACACUGAGAGAAUGUCUAGACCUCUUUUCACAAGAGGAAAAACUCGAUAAAGAAAACUCACCGAUGUGUGAGCGGUGUAACCGUCGCACCGAAAGCACAAAACGACUGACCAUCCAAAGGUUCCCCAGAAUCCUGGUAAUACACUUGAAUCGAUUCGCCAUGUCCAGGUUCUCAAUCUCUAAAAGCACAGUGCCGGUCUCUUUCCCCCUGACGGCUUUGGAUUUGGGGCCAUUUGGACCUGUUGAUUGUGGUCCAGUGCUGUACGAUCUGUACGCAGUGUGCAAUCAUUCAGGCACUGUAAAUAUGGGUCACUACACGGCUGCAUGUCGAGAGGAGGAGGGCUGGUGCUACUAUAAUGACUCAUGUGUUGAUGCCAUUUCAGAGGAGAAGCUUCAGUCCAGUCAGGCGUAUGUGCUCUUCUAUGAGCUCAAGAGCUGCAAUAUUUCCCGAAAAUGA